AUGCCUUCUAUACUGGGACCUUUGAAGAGAUCUGAAACCGGGGUUGCCUUGAUCCUGCAACUAAGUCUCGCGGUGCUGGUGCAGACCGCUUCUUUUCGUCUGUACGAUGGCAUUCAACCGUCGUACCUCGAGGAUGCAUUUGGGCUAUCUUCGCAAUGCCUUCAAGCCUUAAACUCAACCCUGAAUUGUGAUAGAAAAACAGCGUCUAAUGCUGCUUCCGGUCCAGACAACUUCGCCUGGGACACACAAAACAUGACAGACCUUUGCACACCCGCAUGUCAUGAGUCGCUAACCACUUGGCUUUCGGUUGUUGACAUCCAGUGUGACAGCGAAACCAUGAUCGGUAGCGGCGGUGUGAACACUUUAGCAAAAAUUGUACCGACUAUGUGGAAUGAUGGUUAUGAUCUUGCUUGUUUGCAGUCAAGUUCCUCCGAUUGGUGCUACUUGGAGUCCCAAACAUGGCAAGGAGCAGACUAUAUCAGAUACUCACCGGAUGCAUGCGACAAUGCCGACGCGGCUGAUAAUCCGGCGUAUUGUGAAGAUCCGACUUGGACUUCUCAGAACAUGACCACGGAUAUGAUGAAGAUCACAAAAAUGUACAACGAAUCUACAGUUUGCAGCGAGUGCUUCAUAAAAAUGUGGAGACAGCGGUUGAUGUCCCCGAAUCUUCCCGGGGGAGACUUUGGUCAAUACCUUGUCAAUCAAUAUAGAGACAUCCAGGAGCAUUGUUCAACAUCUCUUCCAGCAACAACAUAUGCCACAAGCCUUCUUGUUGCAACAGCCACAACUGCGGCGACAUCCGCCGCCACCACCACGGCUGCAGCGUUUACCUGCUCAGGCCAACUUGUACUACCAGGCGCGAUCCUCUACUGUAAUGAUCUUACUGACACAUACAAUGUCAGCACCGGUGCUGCUAUUCAUGCCACGGGUGAUACGGCUUGUCAAUUUGAUAAGCCAAUCUGCCUACCUUUGCCCUGUGAGCUAGACACCAUCUACCACUUUCCAUCUUGCGAGGAUCUGGCUGCACGGUAUUCCACUGAAGACCAUAAUGUCACCUUAACGCAGUUUCUCAGCUGGAAUCCUUAUAUACAGGGCUCGUGUGGAUAUCUCAACGCUGCUCAAAGGGUCUGUACAAGCGCUCCUGGUGGCACUUAUAACGCCACUGCAGCGAUCUAUGCCCCUACGGCCGCUGGCUCCUACUUUACUACCGCUUCCCCUGCUCAGCCUACGCAGCCGGGAGCAACCACAGACUGUGGUCUGUACUAUCAAGUAGCAUCCGGAGACACGUGUAAUUCAAUUGCUCUUCGAUUCGGCAUCACCUUUUCCGAACUUCAACAGCUUAAUGUGGAUAUUACCGACACGUGCAGCAAUCUUUGGCUAGGCUACGACAUCUGCGUUGCUCCGGUUACCGCAGCGCCAUUGUCAACCGAUGGUCGUUGUGGACCGUCAUUUGGCCACUCGACGUGCACAGGAACCUCUUUUGGAGAUUGCUGCAACUUGGACGGCUGGUGCGGCAGUACGUUUGAUUACUGCGGCGCCGAUACGUGCAUUUCCGGCUCUUGUGACCAAGCCGCAGGGGCGACCUCCGAUGGUACCUGCGGCCCCGACCAUGGGUACACAACUUGCAACAAUCCUAGUUUUGGCUCGUGUUGUUCAGUCUACGGCUACUGCGGUAGUGGCAGCGACUUCUGUGGCGCAGGCAAGUGCUAUUCGGGCAGCUGCGAGGCCGACGUCGGAGGCCCGAGCAUCAAUGGUGAGUGUGGACCGAAUUUCGCUGGGAAUAAGACUUGUACUGGUACGCAAUUUGGGUCAUGCUGCUCUGUAGCUGGGUACUGCGGCAGCACAGCCGAUUAUUGUGGGGCAGGCAAUUGCUACUCCGGGGCGUGCGAGUGA